CUGGCACUGAUUAUUGUUCAGUGGGAGACGGUCCCGGAAAGACAGUGUCAAAAGAAACUGGUGAAGUGGUGAUCACUUAAGUGCUGCCUCAGUGUGAUCCGGGGUGAUUGUUGGGUAUAUUAGCCCCUAGGAACAAAAAUAAAAAUAAUCCGAAACCGAGAAAGCAUUCAAUCUAGCCUCACAAAUACAAAUUAAACACACUAUCUGGCUACUGAUUACACUACACCCACAGAAGAGGGAGAAGAGAUGACAAUGAACAACUUGAGCGUAUGCGUGAUCCUGGCGAGUGUGAUCCUCGUGACAAUGGCCAGAGAAAUAGAUAUCCAGCGUGAUAGAGAUGUGGAUUCAGAAUUUCUACACAAACUCACCCGUCGCAAAUUGUGCGGCACCAGGCUGUCGCAGACUCUAGCCCUCGUCUGCGAAAAUGAGUACAACACCAUGACGAAGAAGGCAUUUGACGAUGACGAUUACGCCUUCGCUGAUGAACCUCAAACAAUUGAUGAUUUGCCUGUAAAAGUGCCACAUUACCCAUUGCUCAGCAGAAUCCUGAGCAAUUCGAUGCGACCGGGACAGUUUAGACGAUUCCGCAGGGAGGGAAUUAUUGAGGAAUGUUGCCGGAAGAGCUGUACUUUGACCGAAUUGAAAAGAUACUGCGGAAGAUAAGCGACAUCCCCAGGAGCCCUGUCUCUCUCUCUGCUGGCCACGACUCAUCUCUUGGCCAAUCCCGCCACACACUCUCCAACAUACACUCAGUAGUGAUCCUUCCCUCUUCUCUUUUUCUGUUCUAAAUUAAAUUAACCACUCUCUGUCAUAAUUAUUAUUGUAUUUUUAUCAUCCUCAAAUCUUUAUAUAACUAUUAUGUGUAGUAAUUUAAAUAUAUAAUUAUUAUAAAUAAUUAAAAAAUACUUUACUCUCUAAGCAUGUUAAUCAUGAGGAAAGAAAAGGAGAAAAAAAUCUAUUUGAUAAAUAUACGAAGAAACAAAAGUGGGACAAUUCUUUCUAAAACUUAUAAUACAACUUUUACUUUUUAUUUGGAAUACAAUACAUGGCAUAAUAUAUUU